CCCUGCUGCUGCUGCCACAAAUCCUGCMAGGGCCAGAGGAGAGGAGGGGACAUGGCCUCUGUCUUCAGGAGCGAGGAGAUGAGCCUGAGGCAGCUCUUCCUGCAGGUGGAGGCUGCCUACUGCUGCGUGGCUGAGCUGGGCGAGCUGGGGCUGGUGCAGUUCAGAGAUCUGAAUGUGAAUGUCAGCAGCUUCCAGAGGAAGUUUGUGAAUGAAGUGAGAAGGUGUGAAUCCUUGGAGAGGAUCCUGCGUUUUCUGGAAAACGAGAUGGAAGAGAACGUUGAGGUAGUGAAAGGUGAAAAGUACCCGGAGACGCCUCUGCCUCGGGAAAUGAUUGAUAUGGAGACAGUUCUGGAGAAACUGGAGGCCGAGCUGCUGGAAGCCAACCAGAACCAGCAAACACUGAAGCAGAACUUCCUUGAGCUGACGGAGCUCAAACAUCUGCUGAAGAAAACCCAGGACUUCUUUGAGGCAGAAACCAAUCUGCCAGAUGAUUUCUUCAGUGAGGAUACAUCUGGAUUGUUGGAACUGAGGAGCACUCCUGCUGCGGCAGCUGCCAAGCUGGGAUUYACAGCAGGGGUGAUAAGGAGGGAGAGGAUGAUCCCCUUUGAGCGUUUGCUGUGGAGAGCCUGCCGGGGGAACAUCUACCUGCGGUACACGGAGAUGGACACCCCCAUGGAGGACCCUGUGACGAGAGAAGAGGUGAAGAAGAACGUGUUCAUCAUCUUCUAUCAAGGAGAGCAGCUCAAACAAAAAAUCAAGAAGAUUUGUGACGGAUUUCGUGCCACSGUCUAUCCCUGCCCAGAGUCUGCCACCGAGCGCCGGGAAAUGCUCGACGGAGUCAACACGAGGAUCGAGGAUUUAAACACAGUGAUAACACAGACUGARUCCCACCGCCAGCGGCUGCUGCAGGAAGCAGCGGCCAACCUCUGGUCCUGGGGGAUCAAGGUGAAGAAAAUCAAGGCCAUCUACCACAUCCUGAACUGCUGCAACAUCGACGUCACCCAGCAGUGUGUCAUUGCAGAGAUCUGGUUCCCAGUGGCUGACGCUGACCGGAUAAAAAGAGCUCUCCAUCAAGGAAUGGAGCGCAGUGGCUCCACCAUCGCCCCCAUCCUCACGGCCAUACACACCAGGAUGGCACCGCCCACCUUCAACAGGACCAACAAGUUCACCGCUGGGUUUCAGAACAUCGUGGAUGCCUAUGGUGUGGGCAACUACAGGGAGAUGAACCCGGCUCCCUACACCAUCAUCACUUUCCCCUUCUUGUUUGCGGUGAUGUUUGGGGACUGUGGCCACGGUGCCGUCAUGCUGGGCUUCGCGCUCUGGAUGGUCAUUAACGAGAAGAGCCUUCUGGCCCAGAAGAGCACUAAUGAGAUCUGGAACACCUUCUUCAGCGGGCGCUACCUGAUCCUGCUCAUGGGCAUCUUCUCCAUGUACACCGGCUUCAUCUACAAYGACUGCUUCUCCAAAUCCUUCAACUUCUUCGGCUCUUCCUGGCACAUCAUCCCCAUGUUUAAAAAUAACACUUGGAAUAAGGAUGUGCUUCUAGACAACACAGUGCUGCAGUUGGAUCCAGCARUCCCAGGAGUCUACUCUGGAAAUCCAUAUCCAUUUGGAAUAGAUCCGAUCUGGAACGUGGCAUCGAACAAGCUGACUUUCCUGAACUCCUACAAAAUGAAGAUGUCGGUUGUCAUAGGGAUUGUGCACAUGAUUUUUGGUGUGAUUCUCAGCCUCUUCAACCACAUCUAYUUCAGGAAAUACAUAAACAUUAUCCUUCAGUUCAUCCCAGAGAUGAUUUUUAUUAUCUCYCUCUUUGGCUAUCUGGUCUUCAUGAUUAUUUUCAAAUGGUGUCAUUUUGAUGUCCACUCAUCCCAGAGUGCACCGAGCAUCCUCAUCCAUUUCAUCAACAUGUUUUUGUUCAAUUAYAGUGACACUUCAAAUGCUCCAUUGUAUCUGCACCAGAAAGAAGUGCAGAGUUUCUUGGUCAUAUUUGCUCUGAUUGCUGUUCCCUGGAUGCUUCUGAUUAAACCUUUCAUCCUCCGAGCCAACCACCAGAAGGCACAGCGCAUGAUCCAUUCUCAAGCCAUCUCAGGAAACCCUGGAGGUGACAAUGAGGUGGAUGUCCCAGAGACCAAUCACUCCAAAAAAGCUUCCCAGGGAGACCACGGCGGUGGCCAUGAAGGACAUGAAGGGGAUGAGGAAGAGUUCAAUUUUGGAGACAUAUUCGUGCACCAGGCUAUCCACACCAUUGAAUACUGCCUCGGCUGCAUCUCCAACACCGCAUCCUACCUGCGGCUCUGGGCGCUGAGCUUGGCCCAUGCACAGCUGUCAGAGGUGCUUUGGACCAUGGUGAUGCACAGCGGGCUCAGCAGCGGCGGCUGGGCSGGCCUCAUCGCCAUCUUCAUCAUCUUCGCGGCCUUUGCCGUGCUGACCGUGGCCAUCCUGCUGGUCAUGGAGGGGCUCUCRGCCUUCCUGCACGCCCUGCGCCUGCACUGGGUGGAAUUUCAGAACAAGUUCUAYGUGGGAGCCGGCUACAAAUUCUCUCCAUUCUCCUUCAAGCAUAUCAUCAGCGGCACUGCAGAAGAGUGA